AUGGAUAAAUUGAAAGAGAAAUUGAACAACUUGAAGGAGGAAGCUGAGAAGUGGCAAGAGAAGUCUGAUGAGCACUUGACGGUGAUCAAGAAGUUGGAACAAGAGCUCCUUGAGAAGGAUAACCAAAUCCAAUCCUUGACCAGAAAGAACGAAACCUUGGAAGAGUCUGUUGAAAAGUUGGAAAGUGAAGUGUCUGAACAAAAGACCGCUGCCGAGGAGAGCUCUUCUUUGAAGGCUCACAACGACAACUUCACCAAGAAGAACCAACAAUUGGAGGAGGAAUUGGAGGAAUCUGACAAGAACUUGAAGGACACUACCGAGAAGUUGCGUGAAACCGACUUGAAGGUUGAACAAUUGGAACGUAAAGUUGCCUCUUUGGAGUCUGAACGUGACGAGUGGGAGCAGAAAUACGAGGAACUCCACCAAAAGUACACUGGAGCUCAAGCCGAAUUGGACGAGAUCUCUGCUCAAUUGGAGGCUCUCUAACUUUUGGAUUCAAAUUUUACAGUUGUACUGGAAGAUUCUAAACGCAAUGGAAACAUUCCGUUAUGGGCUGUUUUAAAACUGUUAUUCUUGACAUUGGUCACUGUGGAGUAUUUGAAAUCACCUAUUUCGUUUAUUGCGAUUUAUAUUUUGCUACCAUUAUGUGUAUGUCUCUUUCUUUUAUAUCUCCAAUGAUGCAUCUUUAUAUACUUUUAAUGGGUUGUAUGUGUAAUUAUCCCAAGAGUUCUGAAUCAUUGGGCCAUUGCCAACAUUCCCUUGAUGAUUUGUAAACCAAAAUCACAUUUUUGGAUGGCGCGCUCAGCUUUCUUUUUUCAGCCACAUCUUUUUGGUUGAAUUUCUCAAACAUGCGGUUACACAUUUACAUUCAGACAUGCAUGUCCAAUAU